AUGACGUGUCGUUACGUCAUCCACACGCGCCGGCAGCCGGCUCCAGACAGCUGCUCCGUUAGAGACUCAGAAUGUUUGUAUCAUGGAGACGGUUCAAGUCUUUCCUCUGCUCUUCUUCUUCUUCACAGUUUAAUCUGUUUCUUUAGAUCACAGAGAGUUCACAGGGAAGAGAACAAAGCUGACUCACAGAGGAACAAAGUUACACACAGGGACUGAAGCUGCACGUGGGACAGAAGAUUUUAACUUCUUUAUUUUUUAUUUAAAGAAACAGAAACAGAAACACACCAUGAGGAACGGCAUACCUGACAGGUGGCUGGAUUACAAAGCCGUGGGGAAACGACUCCCCGGGACUCGUUUCAUCGCCUUCAAAGUUCCUCUGAAACAGUCCCUGAACCGUCAGCUGUCGUCCCGGGACGUGUUCGGACCCUGGGAGCUGCUGGACGCUUUGAACAAAGAGAACCAGGAGCUGGGUUUGAUCCUGGACCUCACCUUCACCACGCGCUACUACAAGCUAGAGGUAAACGGGGGAGGGGGGGCAGCUCUACAUUAG